AGUCCCGGCGCCCUGGGCCAGAGCACCUCUCAGCCGCAGCGCCCCUUGCCAACCAACUCUGUCCAACUUUCCCUUUCAGACUCCAGCAGGGGCGUCCUCCAGGCAACCGGCUGCGGCAGGCAGAAGCGACCUUGGCUCGGAGACCCCCGACCUGAGAGCUCAACGCCGGCUGAACAGACUCACCUGCGCAGCGCCCGCCGGCCCCCUAGCAGACGGGCAGGUUCCGGAGCUCGGCCUUCAGCUCCGCCGCGCCCGCCCAUCCUGGGUGUCUCGCGCCCCGACCCUUCCUCCCCUGACCCCAAGCCAUCCCAACUCCCAUCCUCGCCACCUCUGGGGCAGCUCAACUAAGCCGUGUCCCUUCCGUUGCAAACGCGUCCGACCACCCUCCCAAUCCCCAGCACAACCCUCAGCGAGAAAGCCCAGCUGGGUCUACCCAGUUACACCGGUCAACGUGGGUCUCCAUCGCCGCCGGCCGCCCUAAUUCACGCUCAUUCAUAUUCAUUCUCUUUUCUCUCUGUUCCUCUUCCUUUCUCCCCAAAGACUCCUAACUAGACAGGCCGAUCCUCCCCAGCGGCACUCCCUUUCAUUCUUCCCCUCCCACCACACACACACACACACACUCACACACACACACCCGGACCCAGACAGCCCACUCCACUUUCCAGACGCCCACCUCCUACAUACUCCCCUCCCCUAAACAGACAUUCACCCACUCGCCAUCUGUAGCCUCCUUCCGCCCCCCGCCCCGCCUGCCUGGCUCCCCGUCCCCAAGAAGCAGACCUGCACAGUGGGACGCAGGGACCCCCGCCAGACGCUCGGGUAGUGCACGCCGCACUGACCUCGGCCCGCCCCGCCGGGAAACUAACAAAGGCGGGCGCGAGCCCGGAGCCCAGGAGCCGCGAGCGGCGGCCGCGGGGCCAGGGAGCCUGGGCCGGGCCGGGCGGGGACUACUUCGGAGUCAGGAGGCAGCAGCUGCGGAGGACGCGGAUCUCUGGCAGUCAGCGCCGCUCGGACGCUGCCGGCACCAUGGGCUGCUGCACCGGACGCUGCUCGCUCAUCUGCCUCUGCGCGCUGCAGUUGAUCUCAGCAUUAGAGAGGCAGAUCUUUGACUUCCUUGGUUUCCAGUGGGCUCCUAUUCUUGGAAAUUUUCUGCACAUAAUAGUUGUCAUAUUGGGUUUGUUUGGAACCAUUCAGUACAGACCUCGAUACAUAAUGGUGUAUACAGUGUGGACUGCCCUCUGGGUCACCUGGAAUGUGUUCAUUAUCUGCUUUUAUUUGGAAGUAGGUGGACUCUCAAAGGACACCGAUCUAAUGACAUUCAAUAUCUCUGUACAUCGGUCAUGGUGGAGAGAACAUGGGCCUGGUUGUGUCAGAAGAGUGCUGCCUCCCUCAGCCCAUGGCAUGAUGGACGAUUACACGUACGUCUCCGUCACAGGCUGCAUCGUUGACUUCCAGUACCUGGAGGUCAUCCACAGUGCUGUCCAAAUACUACUCUCUUUGGUGGGUUUUGUGUAUGCCUGUUAUGUGAUCAGUAUUUCCAUGGAAGAAGAAGACACAUUUGAUUUCAUAGGUGGACUUGAUACACACUCCUACUACCAGGAUCAUGUUGAGUUAAAGCCUGUUAAACCAGUCGAAAUAAGUAAUGACAUUGAACCAGAAAUGCGGCUGCUGAACUUGACUUAGGGAGCAAAGGACCAUUGACUGCGCACCUCGGUGGAUCCGACCCGCCUCACAUUCCUUCCAGAGGCUGGACUGUGCUUCCUGGCUUUCCCACGAAUCAUGGAGUUUUUUGGUCACAGCCUUUGUAUUAUUAGCAUUGUUCUCUAGAUGAGUUCUAGGUGCUUCGGUGGGUAAUUUUUUAGUCGUUUCCUUCUUAUAUGAACACUUGUAAAUUGUAAAAAAAAAAAAAAAAAAAAAAAAAAAAAAAAAAAAAAGAAAAGAAAAAAGAAAAAACAGAAUUUGGUUUUACAUUUUUAACAAUAUUUAAUGUGAGGCAUGCAAAAUGAAAAAUCAAAUCUGUGAAAACCUUCUACAGUCAAUUCUAAGAGAAAUCUCAGUGUGUGCUGUGGAGAUAUUAAGUCAGCACUGCUGACUGUUGAAGUUAUUGCAGGCCUGAUGAAUUUGUUUUAGCAGACAUUACCUUUGGUUAUCAGCCACCAAGGUAGACCCUGUGACAGCUGAUAAAUGGGUACAAAUAAUGGAUUCAGCUUUUGAAUUGAAUAUGGGUAAUUUUUUCAAUGCCAUAAAACAAAACAUGGAGUCCUUUGUUCUUGACGUCUUAAAACCCAGAACAAUAUUAUGGCAAUCUAAAUUUUCAGACUUGUGCAUAUCUUGUUUUUCCUGAUGUAUACACACACACAUAUAUAUACAUACUGUGGGCACAUGGAAGAAUAAAGGAUUAGCAGAGCCCCUUUCCCCUUUGGAGGGAAUAUGGGUAUCUCUGAGGUCCAUAUUUUCUGGUCAUUAUUCCAUUCCUGACACUGCUGUCAGUCCUAAACAUACAGCUCAUACAGCUUGGGGGACAGAAAUCACAAACAUAGACCUGCAGUCAGGAACUUUGCUCUUAGGAUAUUCAAAAGAAGCAUGAAACUACUGUGGUAUUCUUUAUAAAUGCUUCUAAAGGAGAAUUCACGUUUUAGCAACAUCAGCUUUUCUUUCUCCUACCCCUUCCCAAAAACCAAGAAAAUGAUAUGGGAAGCAAUUAUCGGUGGGAAAAAAAGAGUGUCUUGAAAAUGCAUCACAGUUGUGUUUUUUUAACUGGCACAAAAUUUACAUAUGGUAAAAUGCACAAUUAUUAAUGGUAUGAUUUGAUUAGUUUUGAAAAAUGUACAUAUCCAUGUAACCAAGGCCUCAAUCAAAACGCAGAACAUUUCCGUCACUUUAGAAAAUUUCCUUAUGCCCUCUUUCAGGCAAUGCCUACAUUCUCACAGACAACCACUGUACUAAUUUUCAUCAUCACUGAUAAUUUGAUCUCUUCUAAAUAUAAAAUAUAUACUCUUUUCACAUCACUUUUGCCCACACUUCUCAAUCACUAUUUUUUAUAUGAAAAUAAGUUUUGCUCACUUCGUGUGACAACCACAGUGAAGCUCCCUGUAGGCCAGAAAGCUGCGAAUAUGUGGUUGUUAACUCAGCCCGUGCAUCUCUAAGAAGUCAGUCUAUUAACCACCUAAAACUGUUACAAAUGUUUGUAUGUGUGUAAAAGUCUUCUUUUCUUCUUGCUCUUCUUUUGGAGCCUGUAGGUUUCAUGAGACUCUGUUAAGAAUCAGAGUUUAAUGUGACAAAAUUUGCCUUCAUUCCUCCAAGCUCAUCACAACCAUGGUGAGCCAUUUGGAGACCUAAUUUACUCACUAGCCUCCAGAUUAUACCCCUUUAAUCCACUGGUACCCACAAACUCCCAUCACUUUUUAUUCUACUUAAUACAUACAAAGUCAAAUAAAGAAAAGCUGGCAGGGACUUUGAAGAUGGUGGAAUCUAAGCCACUAUUCUGCAGAUGAGGGGGCUGAAGCCUAAGGGAUUUGGUGAACUUGUCCAGAGCCUGUAUCUGUACACAGUGUCAAGAGCCAUAGCCAGUGAACAGAGAACAUGGGAGCAAAAGUUGGGGUUUGGGUCCUAUCCACCACCGUGUUCUUGGACAGUGUUUGACAUCUCUGCACUACAGUUUUCCUCAUCUAUAAAAUGGAACUAUGAUCCCUACCUCCCAAAGGUGAGGUGAGAAUUUAAUGAAAAUUAAAAAAAAAAAAAUCUCAGUACACGGUGAAGCACUCCACAAUUAAAGGAGGUGAUUAUUAUUAAUAAUGUCAAAACACUCCCCUGUACCCUGUCUGGAGCUCUUGCUUUCCACUCAAGCACUAUGAAGAGCCGACGGAAACAACAAACUCUGUUUUUUAAAAAGCAGCUGGGAAAAUGUUGCCCAAGUUUAAAUGAUUGGAAAUAAACUUAAAAAAUGCUUUAAUUUAAAAGUAACUUUUAUAUUCAAAUUCCAAAACUAAUGCCAAUAAUUAUUUUUAGUAUUGUUACAAUUAUUGAAAAAGCUGAUAAAACAUCAAAACUGUAGAGGAUCAGUAAAACAGAAGGAUAAAGUGAGUAUUGAAAUAUUUUAAACUAUCACUUAAUUACGCCCACACAUACACAUGCAAGUAAAACAUGGUUAACAUUUCACAAAAUAGAACCAUACUAAAUUUUGUUUCUAUUUUAUCUUCACAUGAAUUUGUACAUACUUCUGGUAGGCAUUGCAGAAUCUGAACUUUGUCUAAGUGCAGAAAACAGCUUUGAGGAGAAAAUCCUUACAUUAGUGAUUUGUCUAUUAAUAUGCAAUAUAGGCAGCUAUUUAAUAUGGUAUAUAUGUUUUCAUUUUUAAUCUUUCUUGACUUAAAUAUGAAGUUAUAACUGUUUCAAUCCCCAACCUCAGCAGUCCAUAAAGAUUGUCCUAACAUUCUGGAUAUUUGCCACUCAUCAGAAACAAGUUAGAUUGAUCUGCCACCUCCUCUUCUCUCUUUUCUUCUCCCUGCCUCUCAUCUUCCUGGCUACUCUUUGGGGGCUAUGCUUCUGUAAGACAAAGGGAAAAAUAGAAGUGCAGAGUUGUACAGUAAUACUCGGCAAUUAUCCAUUAAUCUGGGUAAUUCCAAUGCAGUACUGUCACAGAUACUGUUCCAUAGAAAUGAGCAUUUGCAGUUCUUGCUUUUGCCUCCAGUCUUAGAGAAUACACUCUGCAUUGUGCAUAUCCAUUAGGGUUUUCAGCAAAGACGUGGUCACUACACGCACUGUGUGUUCUUGCCAAACCUCAGCUUCUCCAUAUGCAAUUGUGUGUCUGAUCAGAGUAAGGGAAAAUGAAUGCACCCCUUAGCUUGUAUUCAUUGGUCAGAAUCUUAACUAUCUUAAGAGAUGGUGUAGUUCUAGAUUCAAUAGCUCUCCUCAGAAGUGGCCCUGGCAAAACUGAAGAUAGGACAUCCACUGCUCUUUAGCCUCUAGUGCUGACUGGAAUGGAGACGUGAACAUUUAAAGCCUGUGUUUUUCCUCCUGGAGCCACCUUAGCACUGAGUCUUGUAAACCUUGGCCAGCCCUUCCCCAGGUUGUGCCUUCUAUCUUGUGUGAAUGAUGCAUCCUUUCUUAAGUGUCUUCUGCUGACCUCAUGCAGCACCGCAGGAAGUUGGGAUCCUUUCCAGCUUACUUUUUCUUUAUUUGAGCUUCUGGUCAUGUUUCAAAGCCAGCAAAAUCUAAGCAAGGGAGUUAUAGGGAAGGUUAGAGAAUUACCAAAAGACACAAAAUGUCUUGGGGUGUGGAACAGCACACAUCAGAGAAAUCUCAAACAUCUCUUAGGAAAAUCUCUAAAUGUGUAUAUCCCCAAGUAUCUUAGCCUUCCACCUGCCACAUAAAGUAAGGGUACGUGUCCCUCAAAUGAAAAAAAAUGAAAAUACACUUUCUCACCACUUCAAAUCUGGGAGGUGGUUGGCUCAUUUGUUUUGAAGACAGCUCGACAAUUUGCCCUAGCAAAAUACUGACUUCUUUGAUUUUUCCUUCAGAAAAAUAAGCACUGCUAUUCCUAUAGACCGAAAUAAGGGAGGCAGCCAGCUUCAAGAGGCUGGCUCUAACAAAAUAUAUGCCAAGGCUGCCAUCUGUCUCACUUAAUGAAUGGGAAACUCUGAUUGAGAAGAAUUUGUCUUCAUUAAAACCAGCUAAAAUGUACAUUGCAAAUCUGAGGAAAACCAUCAUGACUCGUUUCUAAAUUGAGAAGCAAAAACCAAAAUUUCUCUUUUCAAUCUUUGCAAAUUAAAAAGGAAUCUUGCCGAGAAUAAACAAAUCUUCAUUUCUUACUUAAUUUAAAAACGAAUGGGGUCCCCAAAUGUGGUCUAUUCUGGCUAAUUAUUUUUUAAGCAAAUCUCGCUUAGUCUUUCUGAGUCACUUUAAUAUGUAACUAGGAUAAAUUUCAUAGUUGAUUAGAAUGCAAAUGUUCUAACUUGACAUUUUUGCCCAAGAUACGUUCUUUCCAGGUAUAGCUGAAUUAAGUAGGAAAAAUAUAAAUAAUUGUUCUUUUAAAACUAUAGCAACUUGAAUGCCUGGGUUUUACUUCCAUCUAAUUUAAAAGUUAUCUGUAACAUUUGUUUGAUAGAAGAUCUGUUGAAGUCUCUAAGAACCAUGUUGAAAUAUUUGUGAUAAACAGGCCCACAACUUAAGGAUAUUAUGCCCAAAAGUGAACUGAGAGCGGAAAGUACUCCUCAUAUAACUACAUAGUGAGCAAUUUAGAAAGGGAACAGAUGACCAGACACAGUGGCCCAUGCCUAUAAUCCCAAAGCUUUGGGAAGUUGAGGUGAGAAGAUUAUUUGAUGCCAGGAGUUCAAGACCAGCUUGGGCAAAAUAGUGAGACCCUAUCUCUACAAAAACAAACAAACAA